UGAAGCGUGUCUUCACAGUAGAUUGAGCAAGAAAUUCGUAAUUUAUGAUAUUUAAUUGAUAGAAACUAUUUGAUGCGUUCCUUAUAGGAUCGCUCAUGUGCCGAAAUGACGAAUUUUUGUGUAAUCGUUUUUUCGGUAGUUUUAAUAUUAGGAGUCUCUACUGCCAAUCCGGCUCAGUCAGACAAAAUAGAAGAUAAAUCAAAUGAUAGUACAAAACAUGAUUCUCACAAAGUUUCUAAGCAAGUCAGUAAUGGGACCGAUGAUGGCGACGAAAUAGCAGAUGAGGGAUGGGAAUACGAAAACACUACGAUUGUAGAUACAAGAAGAAUUUUGUACAGCAAAAAGGUUCCUAUUGGGAAAAGGCCUUAUAUGGUAUACCUCCAACUGACGAAAGAGUCGGCCAAGGCCCACAAAUACCGCGGCUGGCUUUGCGGAGGCGUCAUCGUCGACGCCUAUUACGUUCUGACAUCUGCCGCGUGCGUAGAAGACGCUGAUCACUUCUACAUUGUGUCUGGUACCACCAAGUUUGUGGACAGCUUCGAUUAUAAGUCGGAUGAUUGUGUCUGCAAGCAUAGGAGGCGGGUGGUGUGGAAGUGUAUUCCUAAGAAUUACAAGUUCGACUUCCAAGACAGCAUCAAAUGGUCGUCCAACGAUAUCGCGAUCGUCAAAGUGGACAAGCCUUUCAAGUUGGGCGUUUGCGAGAAGGGCUGCGAAUUUCCCACUGACCUUAUUUGCUAUAACAACAUUAGUAGAGAACUCGAGAAGCCAGGAACUAAAGGCUGGAUUGCUGGGUGGGGAAGUGGCAGUAACUUUAGAGAGGGAGUCUACCGCCGUCAAAGAGUCCACAUACCAGAGAACGCGAAAUGUUUGCAAGAAGCAAAGGUCUGCGUGAUGGACAACGAGCAAUGCGCCAAGAAGUGGGCUCAAAGGUUCAGGAGCAUCAUCACUCAGUACAUGAUCUGCACCAAGGAUGUCAUGAAACGGCUUAGCGAGAUAUGUGACAAAAAAUACGCCAACUGUACUGACGUGGAAAGUCGAAGACAUCUUGAGGGCUCAACAGAGGUUGGGGCACCUAAAACAUUUAACGUAGACCUGGGAAGACAUUUGAGAGAUCCUGAUGAUUAUACAGCUAGACGAUCGUCCGUUCAGGGUGGAUUCUGUGAGAAUGACCACGGUGGCCCUCUAAUAGUAAAAUAUCAAGGCAUGGAGCGAGUGAUCGGUGUGAUCUCAGCGUGCAAGAUCGAUCCCAAGAGCCAUAGUUGUCAUGGACCGUUCUUGUACACUUCAGUGUUUAAAAACCGGCAGUUCAUCUCGUGCGCUAUUCACAAGGAUGUUGAGGAGAACUGCAGAAGGGUGUUCCGUACUGGUAUAACGCAUGAAGAAUGGUCCGUUAAUUGGGACGACGUUGAAGAAGACAAGGCAGACAGGGAUGAAAAAGAUGAUGACAGUGAGGAUGAGAAGCCGGAAAAAGAAGCUUUACGACAAAGCGAUAAGCAGUCGAAGAAACAAGAGAAGAAAAAAGAAUCCGACAGUUCUAGCGACAGCAGCGAAGAAGACACCAAAACAAAAAAAGAAAAGACCGAAAAGAAAGAAUCUAAAAAGAAAGAGAGCACAAGCAAACGCUCUAAAAGUAAAAAGAGUAAGAGCCACUCUAAAAAAGAGUCACAUAAAGAGGAAAAGAAAGAAUCUGAUUCUAAAAAGUCAAAGGAGAAGUCUUCCGACUUCAUAGGAAUGCAGAGGGGGGAAGUGUUUUAUGAAUCCAGUAGGGACGAAAAUGUCAAUGAGCCAGACGACGAAUAGGGUUUCUGGUAAAUAAAUGAGUAAGUUUU